AUGAAGACGAAACCUCCAUCCCCAACUUCCACCGCCGGGACCCUUCCCAAGAAAUCCCGAGCAUUAAAUUCCCCCACAGGCGGUAGCCGCAUACCUUCUCCCACCACUCAUCGUCCAACCUUCAAUGCUCCUUCGCCUUCCUCAUCAUCAUCCACAGCCUCGUCGCGACGACGAAGUUCGGGUGGGCAGAUCUCACGCUCUAUCUCUGCCUGUAACCGCUGCCGCUCCCGUAAAACUAAAUGCGAUCAGUUAUUCCCGAAUUGUUCAUCGUGUGCCAAAGCUGGUAUAGAAUGUGUGGGGAUCGAUGCGGCGACGGGAAGGGAGGUUCCUAGGAGUUAUGUGGACUGGUUGGAGAAGCGAGUGAGGUUUCUGGAGCAGGCGAUGGGAAUUUCUAAUGAUGGUACCGAGUCUAACCCUGGCCGGACUGGAGGAGGGGGGGUCAAGCGGAAGCUGAGUAGCGCUCCCCCGGAGGAAGGGGGAGAAGCAUCGGAGGAUCACGCUCAGGAUGAUGGAGGAGAAAAGGCACUACAUUUACGCCCGGAUAUUGAGAAUCUCGUCAGUCAGGUCGGACUUGUGAGCGUGCAGGGCACUAGUGCGCCCGGCUUUCUGGGAGGGACAUCGGGAAUCUCGUGUGUGGCCCUGUUCCCUCCAUGGUCGCGGCACCGGGCUGGGGUAUUGGAGUCGACUAACUAUGUUGAAUUAGUUUUGCCCGCUUGAUGUUUGCAGCUGUAAAGACGACAAACAAGGACAACCCCCAAUCAUCACAACCGGCAUCCAUCCAAUCUAAUCCCCCCAGCUCCUCUCCCAAGCCUCCCAAUGCGGAUUCCGAAGUCGCGACAGACUCAUCCACCCAAAUUCCUCGCAGCCGGCAACGUCCCUCACCCGCUCCUUUCCCUCGCCGUCAGAUGGGGGAGAAUUAUGUUGACAUAUUCUUCAAUCAGGCCAAUCCACAGACGCCAAUCCUCCACAGACCAUCAUUUGAAAGGAUGUUCGGGCGGGCGUGUUCAAAGAUCGAGGAGGAGGGGGGGGAUGGGUUGCCAGCGGAGGGGGGCGCAGGGGGAACUGGUGGGGGCGAAAAAGAUCACCAGCACCGUGCGGAUUUGUAUUUCCUAUACAUGGUAUUCGCCAUCGCUACGGCAAUGUCUUCGCGGACGGAGUCUUUGCCAGAGCGGUACCAUGCAUCAGCGAUGCUACACAUGGACUCCCUUUUCUCCUCCAUCUCACUUACAAAUAACCGCCUGGAUGGGUUGAAAGGGAUACUGCUUUUAGCAUUGUACUCCAUUAUGCGGCCUGCAGCUCCAGGUGUGUGGUAUGUCCUUGGUGCAGCGAUGCGGCUGGCAAUCGACCUUGGCCUGCAUCAGGAGAAUACGCAAAAGGCGGAAAAGAUGUGGGACCCACUCACGAUUGAUGAGCGACGGCGGCUCUGGUGGUGUACCUACUGCCUUGACCGGCAGAUUUGUGUCUAUCUUGGACGACCAUUUGGGAUUGCCGACGAGGCUAUCGGGACCCCUUUUCCCCUGGAAGAGAUUGAUGGGUGGAGUGAGGCGCCGCAGACGGAUGCAGGCGACGAGGAUAGGAGGAUCAGGUCUUGUCGAACGAUAUCGAUUCACAUCUUCAAAAUUCGUCAAAUCCAAUCCGAGAUUCAACAGGUCCUCUACCAGUCCAUUUCGGCGCUUCCCCGACAAUUUGCGACAGUCGAAGAAUGGCGCAAGGACGUUGAAUCACGACUGACGUUGUGGUGCGAGUCCGUGCCAAAGUCGAGAGCCGAUAUGAACAACUGUGGAUAUAACCUGUCCUUUAUUGAUCUGAAUUAUCAGCAAACCCGACUGCUCUUGUAUGGGUUAUGCCCCACAGUCCCAACUCCAUCCACAGAAGCAUUCGAAGUGAUCGCCGACUCGGGGAGUAGAAUAAUAAGGCUCUACCGGCAGCUCCACCGCGAGAAAUGCAUCAAUUAUACCUGGCUCGCAUGCCACAACCUCUUUACGGCGGGAACAUCCUACCUUUACGCCCUUUGGCACUCCCGAGAGGUGCGCCGCAAGACAACCGUCGAACAGAUAGACUUCAACAACCUAGCCUGUGUCGACGUCCUCGGCAGCAUGAUAGACAAGUGCCCGGCGGCCCAGGGCUGCCGCGACGUCUUCGAAUCACUAGCCUCUGCCACCGUCCAACUCUGCACAACCGAGUACUCGGUCGAGCGUCCAGGCGCCAAACGCUUAAAGAUGGAAUGGCAGCAACAACAACACCAGAAGGAGCUAUACCAGCAACAGCAACAAGUCUUCGGACACGAAUCCCGUGUCGUCAAGAACCUCCCAGCAUCACUCGCGAAUAUUGUGCACGUACCCAGUCCUCCGCCGGCCUAUAAUCCCCCCGCGCCGCCGCCCACAUACGACGGUGAUAUGCUAAUGCCGCCACCACCGCAACCGUACAGAACGGACCACCACAACCCCCACCAGGACCACUAUUAUGAUGCAGCACUACACGGAAACCCGGUGGAAAUGAUGGGCGUGAUUGACAGCCGCGGACUCUUUGAAAUGAUGCGUGAGGUCGGCACCGUCGAUUCCUCUAUCCCCUGGGAAGGAAAUUCGGCUACGAUCCCAGGCAUGCACUAUGGGGCCGGAGGAGGCAUGGGAAUGGUUGGUACCAGCGGCGCAGAGAUUUUUGGGGGUUGGUCAGGGUUUUGA